AUGGACUCGGUAUCUUCACGCGCCGGAGACGCCGACGUAAGAGAUCUUGCACCGUCGAUCGCGGCAUGGCAUUUCCAGAUUGCUGUCUAUUUCGCCUUCGGUUUCUUCUUUUUGAGGCUCUUCCUCGAUAGAUUCGUCUUUCAAAGAAUAGCUGUGUGGCUUUUGAGAACUGGCUCUGCUCCGGUUAAAAUGAAUGAUGUGGUUACUCGAGCAAAGAUCGUGAAAUGCAAGGAGUCCUUGUGGAAAUUGCUGUACUAUGCUGGUUGUGACAUAUUCGUUCUCAAAGUCGUUUUUCACGAGCCAUGGGCCAGAGAUGUCAAGCUCUACUUUGACGGUUGGCCAAAUCAAGAAUUGAAGUUUUCAGUAAAGCUUUACUAUAUGUGCCAGUGUGGGUUUUAUGUGUAUGGUGUUGCUGCGUUGCUUGCAUGGGAGACCAGAAGAAAGGAUUUUGCUGUUAUGAUGUCUCACCAUGUAAUCACAAUCCUCCUCAUUGGCUACUCGUACUUAACGAGUUUUUUCCGAAUUGGAGCAAUCAUCUUAGCCCUUCACGAUGCAAGUGAUGUGUUUAUGGAAACUGCUAAAAUUUUCAAGUACUCUGAAAAAGAAUUUGGAGCAAGUGUGUGUUUUUCACUAUUUGCUCUGUCUUGGCUGUUGUUACGGUUGAUUUACUUCCCAUUUUGGAUCAUCAGGGCCACGAGCAUUGAACUCCUGGAUUAUUUGGAUAUGAACUCAGCUGAAGGCACGAUCAUGUACUAUUCCUUCAACACGAUGUUACUGAUGCUUCUUGUUUUCCACAUUUAUUGGUGGUACCUCAUUUGCGCCAUGAUCGGAAGACUGCUUAAAAACAGAGGACAAGUCGGAGAAGACAUAAGAUCCGAUUCAGAGGAUGAUGAUGAUUAG